AUGGGAGGAGCCGUGUGGCCGCUGGGCCUCCAGCUGUGCAUUGCUGCUGCGCUGCUCUUCGGCCCAGGGAGAGGGACAGAGCUCCCUGGCAGCCUGAGCUGCCUGAAUAACUACGUGACCACCGUGAUCUGCACGUGGGUGACAGAGGAGCCCGUGGGUGAUGGACCUUUCCACCUGCAUUUCACCAACCUCUGGUCAAGGGGCCACAAUGCCAGCUGCAACCUGAGGGCCACAGGGAGCGUGCAGAAUCAGUACCACUGCACAAUCCAUUUAGCCACCGAGAUCUUGGAAACAGACAGUUACAGAGUCUCUCUCCAAGGAAACUUCUUUGGACAUAAUCACACAUACACGGCCUUUGCAGAGUACAGCCCCUGCAAGCACAUAAAACUCGAUCCACCUUUGAACAUCCAGAGCAAUACUACUGCCAGCAAGUGCCAGAUAUGGUGGAGUGUGGGGAAUGUGCCUUGGUACCUCGCAGAAAUUCUCCAAUAUGAGUUGCAGUAUAAGGAGUACAGAAUGUCUUGGGAGGUUGCAUGGAACAAGACACUACCCAGUUCACUGCCACAGGCAGAAAUUGAAGCCACAGAGCUCCACAGUGGCAUUGCUUAUGCUGCAAGGCUUCGCUGCAAAAUUUCUGAAAAUGAGAAUUCAUACCACAGUCAGUGGAGUGAGUGGAGCCAGACAACAGUGUUUCAAAGAGCAGAUGUCCCAAAAAUCUCUGAAAAGAUUCUAAAUACCAAAACUAUGCAAUACUUAUUCAUUCCUCUGAGUUUUGCCACUCUACUCUAUUUAUUCUGGAACUGCAAGCUUUCCUCAAGGGCAAAAAACCUCGCCUGCUUUAACAUUCCCACACCAGCUGCUUUCUUUCAGCCACUCUAUCGUUUACACAACGGGAAUUUUAAGGACUGGGUUGGACAGAAUGAGGCUUGUAGUCAACUUGAAAGAGAAGAGGCCAGCAACUCAAGCAAAGUGAAUGCAGAUAGAAUUUCUGAUCUAAACAUCCAAGAAUUGAUUUCCCAAGCCUCAUUGAAACCUACAGGAAGCACAGAUAUGGUUACUGCAGAAGAAAACUUUGCAUUUGCCUCUGGUCCAAGUCAGCAGUAUGUCCCCAGCAGGUACAUAAGAGCAGAAGUGACAGAGUUGUGGCCGGGACUAUUGUUUGCACCAAACCAUGCUGGUGAUACCGUCGGCCUGAAAAUCUCUGAAAUAAUUAAAGACAACCUUGAGAGCCCUAGUGUUGGAAGGAAUUAUCCCUCUCACUCUCAGCAUGGAAAGGGUGACCCUCUUAGGCUUCAAGAAUCUUUGGGAGUAGCAGAUGUGUCCUUCAGCAGUAGUGACUAUUGUACUUUGUGUGACAAUGACACCACAGGCGGUUUGAUUUCUGCUGAACUACUGAAGCUUUCUAAUGGCAAUAGUCAUGUUAAACAGCAGAAGGAUCAGUGACUUUCCUUGAGCAACACUGCCGACAAAGUUCUUUGUGUUCUCCUAUCACCUCCCAACACUGUCCUCCCAAGCAAAAUGUAAAUGGUGUAAAUGUAAAUGGUGACUGUGCAGACAGUUUCAAACAUGUAUCAUGUUAAAAUGCAUCCUCAACUUCUGUACUUCAGAAGAAGAUUAUGACUAAGUCCCCUCUCUAGCAAAUGCUACCCCUACAGGCACGGCAAACCCUGACCCUGGUAACAUCUGUGGUCCCAGAGACACAAGAUUAUGCCCUUCCCUAAAUUAACCUGGCUGCAAGAUCCAGCAGCACUCCUGAGUAAGGAGGCAUCAGCAGACCUGCUGCUUUCCUCAGGAAGAACUAUCAGAACUCUUGGAAGCAGCAACAUUUGGGAUGUGAUGAACCAUGUUCUAAACUCCAUCAUUUUGUAAAAACUAUGCGUGACUUUUCAUAAAAUCAUGAGAAACUAUUUUUGCUUAUGAAAGUU